GUCUUGUUCACUAAAUGUGCAGUUUUCAGCCUCAGGCAUUUGGCACCAUAUAUAAAAGCUUCAGGUUUCUCCAGCUGCACACACCAGUUCAUCCAGGCUCCACACUUAGACUCUGGUUUUUAAGGCCUCUGACAUCACAGCACAAUGACGGCUCCUGGUGUGUGUAUGAGCAUCUUGAAUGCACGUUACUCCAAAGAUGGCCGUGGGACCCUCACCAAUCCUGAGAAGUUCCUCAACCAAGACUACCAGCAGCUGAAACAGUACUGUCUGAUCCGCCGAGUCAGGUACAUAGAUGACAUGUUCCCUCCAGACAAAACCUCCAUCGGCGAGAACAUACUGACCCCUUCAGACUUGAACCGAGUACAAUGGCUGAGACCGGCGAAAAUAGUUUCCAAUCCAUCUUUUGUUGUUGAUGGGGUCUCCAGAUUUGACUUUGGACAAGGCAUGGUCGAGGACUGCUGGUUUCUUGCAUCUAUUGGUGCUCUGACGUUCCAGGAUCACAUCUUCCAGCAGGUUGUCCCUCUAGAGCAAACAUUUGAUGACGACGACUACUGCGGGUUGUUCCACUUCAGGUUCUGGAGAUUUGGGAGGUGGGUGGAUGUUAUCAUUGAUGACAAGUUGCCCACAAUCAAUGGCCGUCUAAUCUUCGUUCACUCCAAAGACCUGACUGAAUUCUGGCCUGCUUUGAUGGAGAAAGCAUAUGCCAAGGUGUGUGGUUCUUAUUCAGACAUGAACGCUGGAACUCCAGCUGAGGCUCUGGUGGACUUCACCGGUGGCGUUCACAUGUGUGUGAACCUCUCAGAUCCCCCUCCAAACCUGUGGGAUCUGAUGCUCAGAGCUGGACAAUUCAAAUCACUGAUGGGAUGUGGUACUCAUCAGGGGGAGACGUCUGCUAACACUGUGUUACCAAACGGACUGGUCCAAGGCCAUGCUUAUGGUGUUACUGGUGUCAAACAGCUGGUGAGCCAAGGGACUGUAGUGAACCUGGUGCGUUUGUGGAACCCAUGGGGCAAAGGAGAGUGGAACGGAGACUGGAGUGACCAGUCACCUCUGUGGCAAACAGUGAGUCCUCAAGACCUUGAGAUGUGCCGUGAAGUGGCUGACGAUGGAGAGUUUUGGAUGCUCAUGGAAGACUUCUGUAAAUUCUACUCGGAGCUUGACAUCUGCUGCCUGUGUCCUGAAUUCCUUGAUGGCAGCUCCUCAAGCCACUGGAACACCUCCUUCUAUGAGGGGAGAUGGGUUGCAGGAACCACUGCUGGAGGAUGCAUGAAUUACAUGGACAGCUUCUGGACUAAUCCACAGUAUCGAGUGAAGAUUGAAAGCUUACUCGGUGACUGCGCCAAGACCCAGGGAGGAAAAAACAUGCUGGUGUCUCUCAUGCAAAAACCCGACAAGAGGAACAGACGUCUGGUCGAAAACCUGUACAUCGGAUUUUCAGUAUUUGAGGUCCCAGAUGAAUACAAGAGAGAGAUGGGGAAGUUUCCACAGUCUUUCUUCAAGACGAACAGACCUGUUGUACAAACAAAACCCUACAUGGAUGCCCGUGAGGUGAUGGAGUUCAUGAUGUUGAAGCCAGGCGACUACCUGAUUGUCCCAUCUACUUAUGGACCCAAUGAGACAGCGUCCUUCCUCCUGACCAUCCUCGCCAAGGCAGAGACCCAUGUCCAUGAGAAUUCUGGAGGCCAUAAUCAUGAACAUAAACAUGCUGAAGAGCCCAUGGCAGUUGAAAAUGGAGGGAAUGACGACAAUAAGAAAACCUUGUUCCGGCAGUUCUCUGACAAGUAUGAAGAAGUUGAUGCUGAGCAGCUUCAGAAACUUCUGAAUGAAAACAUCCUGAAAGGAGACCUUAAAGCUGGAGGCUUCAGCGUUGAUGCCUGUCGUAGUAUGGUAGCUCUGAUGGACACCUCAGUUACUGGCAAACUGAACAGUCAAGAAUUUGUUCGUCUGUGGAAGAAGGUUGUCACCUAUAAGGACAUUUUCUUCCGCACUGAUGUAUCAAGAACUGGAACACUGUCACUGAGUGAGCUGAGGAAUGCAAUCAUGGCAAUAGGAAUGAGAGUCAGUGACGACAUGCUCAAUCUGAUGGCUCUGCGUUACGGUGCCUCCACUGGACACAUGACACUGGAGAGCUUCAUCAGUCUGGUCCUGCGCUUUGAAUGCAUGUACAAAAUCUUCAAGCAGUUGUCUGAUGGGAUGACAAUGGCUCUUCGUGAAUCAGAGUGGAUGUACAUUUCAAUGUACACUUGAUCAGAUGAAGCUAAAAAGCUGCAGCCUCUAUUCAUUGUGGACUUACAGGGACAGAUGCUGUGGAAAAGAAACAAAUCACCUAUUCUUCAUAUGAGCUAUUCCACAAUGGCCUCAAAGGCUCUUUGCUAACUAUGCUACUAUAAAGGAUGUCACUACAAAAGUAGAGUACUUGUGUUUAAUGUCAUGGAAACUUGUCUGUUACACUGUUCAAUCAAAAUAUAGGUUGCAAUGACAAAAAGCUCAAGAUAAAGUUUUGUAAUCAUAAAGUGUUUUUUCCUGUGACCGCUCAAGAACUCUGCAAGAGUAAGAAAAUAAUAGCCUAUACUAUCUUUGAAUAGUUGAGCAUUGGAGUGGAAUCUGAAAAUUGAGCAGUAACUGACUGACCUGGAUUAGUCUGCUUCUACUUUCACUGUAAAAUUAACCAAAUAAACACAAUAUCCAAAUGGUUUUCAUUGUCUUGGUAUAUUUGUUUCAGACAUGAACAGAAGUAAAUUUUCACUUUAAUUUCUGGAGUCUAUUUUAGAAAUGAGAUCACUUUGCUUUUGAUUUAUUUUAUUGUGUGUAAUGUAUC